AUGGCCUUGUCCUCGGCGGGGCAGGUGCCCUUAACUGCCAGCUCUGUGCUGAAUGUGGAAGUGAGCGUUUGCAGCGGCUUGGGCGUCCGCUUGCGGCGGCUGUCGAGCCUCAACACCACGGUGAGCUUCGCAGUCAAGGUGGAGAACGACCUGCAGGCGCUCAUGUUGCAGGCCGCCGUCACCGAAGCCGCCGCCAGCGCAGUCUUUGUCCGGGUCUUCACCGUGUCCUUGGCCUCCUCCACCGGCAUCCAAACCUCAGACAUCGAGACGUCUAGAAUGACUCGGGACAUUUUGUACCUCAUCGACAAGCCUGACGGCACGCAGGUUCCAGUAGUCAGGGACAACAGCUCGAACAACACGGACAAUAGCACCGACAACUCCACAGGCCCGGAUGAUGAGGAGGGCUUCAUUGGCUCUCCCGCCUUCAUUGCCAUCGUGGCAGGUUGCAGCGGCUGCUGCUGCUGUUGUGCGGGCUAUUGCUAUCUACGGUGGCGCUAUGUCAAUGAUGUCUACGCGGAUUUCGAGGAAAGCGAGGAAGAAGGCUUCGAUGAUGACGAAGUCAUUGAUGUAGUCUCACAUAAGUAG